ACGGCCGGAGAAUUCCUAGUGCAGUCCGUCACACUUUAGCAUCUCCCGCACAGCCACCUGCGCACUGAAUAUCACCAGCACAGCUAUCUGCAGGCACAGCGUCUCUGGCACAGUCACCUGCACAGUGUAUCCAGCGCAGUCGCCUACGUGGAGGGAUAUCCAACACUGCCAUCUGAGAAGUAAGCGUCAGUUUUUUAUCUCAGGUUUCGCAUAGAUACACAUCUUCAUAUCCAGAAAAGGAGCCAUAAGCUAACAGUGUGGCCAAGGCAACGAGAGAAAGGGACAAUAUGCCACUGCUCCUCAUCUGCAUUCUCAGCCUCAGUGUGUUCUGGAGGGGAGGCUGUCAACGAGGAGACGAACAGAUCCCACAAUUUAACUUCACUGUUAUCGACACCACCACCAUCACUGGCACUCUACCAGACUCCAAUGAUUCUAUGAGUUUGAGAAAUCAGACCGAAAAUAUCUCAAGCAGCACACCUCUCUCCAUUACUGAAGAUGUAAGCCAUGAAGAUUCAUGGUCAUCUACACCUCCCACCAACACAAUACCAAUGAUGACACCAUCACUGGACACGGUGAUGCUUACCAUGGCGCCAGCCAAUACAGACCCAACGCUCACUGAGUCUGAUAUAAACACCAUGUUGACCACGGAAGCAACCAACACAACCACCAUACUCCUCACAUCAGCGACCAAUAGAAGUGCCAGCUUGAUCACAGCAGCGACCAGCAAAACCGCCAUGCUCACCACAGCAGCAACCAGUUUAAGUGCUCCAACCAACAGCAUCCCUGCUGUCACUUUGACUGUAGAUAAAAUAAACCCGCACAAAGACAAUGACAAAGAGACAAAUUCUCCAUCGCUAAAUGGGGAAGCAACCACAACCCAAAUGCCUUCCAUCACGUCCCCAAAGAUGCCUGCAUUCAACAGCCAGAACAACACGGAUUACAGCGAUGACAAGCACGAGGAGGAGGAGGAGGAAAUGAAGAAGGGGAGGAGGGACAUGCCCAAAUGCGUGCAUGACCCUUGCGCACACCUGCAGCUGCCGUGCCUGUUGGUUUCCCAGGGAAGCUGCAUGUGCCCGGGCCUGACCCUCAACUCGGUCACUCCGGCACCCCCUCUCGCCGUGGACGCCCAGGACGUGACGGACAGCUCGGCGGAGGUGCGCUGGUGCGCACCGUACUCCUCCGUCUCCGGGUACGAGCUGCAGGUGCGGGAGGAAGCGAGCGGGGCUCUCACCAGCCACGCCCUGGAGCCCACGUUCAGGAGGUUCAGGCUGACGGCCUUGGGGGAGAGCCGGGCGUACUCGGUGUGCGUGGUCGCCAAGAACCUCGCGGGCCCCUCCCGCCCGCGGUGCACGGUGCUCAAAACCUCCAAGGGCACUGCGGCCGUCACCUACUACCUGGCUGCAGCGGUGGCGGGCUUGGCGGUGCUGGCGCUGGUGCUCGCCGUCUGCCUGUGCCGCCACUGCAGGAAACCGCCGCUGGAAAACCAGCGUAACACAAGCCUAAUUUCCAUCCGAAACCCAGCCUACUACCACCCACAGGAGACAGCAGACAUAUUGAAGGUAUAGGACUAGCUCACAUAAAAAUACCUUCAAUGCUGUGUACUCUUGCACUUGGUAGUAUGUACCACCAAGUAUGCAAGCGGGUAGUAUGCACAACAGUUCUCCUGUUUUGGAAAUGUACAUUUGUGCCAUCAUUUUACCAGGAACGUAAUUUAACCUAUAUUAGCUUCAAGCACAUUUGCUUAGUUUUUCAUUCAUUUUUUGACUAAUCACAUUCAUACUAUGUUGUUUGAGGUAACUAAAGAUUCAGAGAAAGAACAAAAAGAAACUUAAAAAAAAACAAAAAAACAUCAGUUUUCAUUCAAGAGUUGACGUUUACAUAAAUAUUUAUAGAAUAUGUUAAUAAAAUACAUAAUAAGACACUAGUACAUUCAUACAGCUAUUCAAUGCUAUUUCUGAGCAUUUAAGGAAUUAUUUUUUAUUAUAUUUUAUUCCAUUGCAUUCAUCCAUAUGUUUUAAAAUAAUUUGGGCUUCAGGUUGGAACACCUCUUUUCACGCAUAACAUUUUCCACUAUUAAAUUUUCCAGGCACUUAAAGAUGGUGCUUCUGGAAUCUUCCAAGAGAAUUUUCUUCUAACAAGACAGAGGAUAAAAGAGACAUACACUGGGGUUUACUGUGGAAGGUUAAGCAUUGAAGUUCUGCCAAGCAUUACAAGUCCGCAUGAAAAGGGGAGACUAAAAUUCCUUAUUUAUGAUAUAUGAAAUAAAAUGCUUUCCCAAUGUCUUAUGGUUGGGAAAACUCCAGAUCAUGUAAAUUAAAAGACUCAUUAGCUUGUUUACAUCUCUCACAUUGACAUGAGACAGAGGCCAUCUGUUUCACACACACAGACACACACGCACACAAACUAAUGUAUUUCCAGACACAUUUAUUCUAGAAUAAGCUUGGCUAAGGAAACUUGAAGUAAUCCACCUUUUGAGUAGUCCAACAGAUGGCGUUACUAAUUACAUUUUUAGUCAUGUUAUUUGUAAUCAGUACCUCAUUACAUUUUCCAAGUAUUUUGCCCAACACUGGAUCUAGAGAAGAGGGAACUGGUCUUUUAAGCAGUUGGUUGUACUGUAAGUGCAAAUUCCACAUCUGUCACUGCUGUUUUAUACUUGAGCCAGAAACCUAACCUGAACAGGUAUAGCAGUUAUAUACUUUCAUAAAAUAAACGUCACAUUUGAUAACGGCCUUCUUAAGGCUAAUGGCUAAAAAGUUCUGCUUCCUUUCGUUUUAUAUUGUGUAUGUAUAUUGGGCAGUGCUCAUAAUUGUAUUUUUUUUAAGUCACUACUGAAGAUUUCAGAUUAUCUUUUAGAUUAAAUAGUUCAGAAACCCUACCAUUAGUAUACACACUGUUCUGUAAGGGUAUUGUAUUUUAGCUUUUCUAAAGUGGGCUCUACACAUACCACACCUGCUCAAAAAUACGAGCUGGAGAGGUGUGCUUGGACUCAAAUAUAACUACUGUGCAAUAUCUACAAUCUAUGUUACCCAUCAGAGCCAUUAUUACAAUAUGUAAGAACCUAAAUUAAGAGGUCAAAGAACAGCCCAUUGAAACCGACACACUGGCCUGUAUAUAAUGACCUUUCACUGAUUAAAUCCCGAUGGAUCCGGGAUUUGAUUCUGUCAAGUCUCAAGAGUCUUGGACUGAUUUGUUUCUCUUGUUGCACGUCAUGGGGAUCCAUGAUUGAUGUUCUGCCUUUUAGGUUGAGCUGGGAUGAGUUUGUGAGACCAGACUUAUUCCAGUCUUCGCUGAAACUUGCUCCUCUAGCUUAAUGAAGACACAAGAACGACUCUCAUCUUGUCUGAAACGGGGCUGGCCAGUGAGUUCACCCGUACAAAAUAUUUCAUUGGGAUCAUUGUUACUGUUCAUUUAUUGACUGGUGUCCUUCAGUGCAAUGACAUUAAAAAGCACCAUUAAUGUCUAGAAUAUACUGGUCCCAUCUCACGUGGAACAAAAUGUAAAGACAUUUAUAUGCUUAAAAAUCAUCUCACGGUCAUAAUCAUUGUAAAAGAAAAUGUACAGUAUAUUACCUCUGUCAGAGGUAAAGUCAAAUAUAUUGUAUCGGAGAGAAAAAUAAAAGACAACUGCCCACA